AUGGUUCGUUAUUAUCCCAACUCCAAACUAGAAGUCUCAAGAGAUGACAUGAUUGUAAUGAAUUACUACCGGUUAAGUACAAGCAUUAUUACAUGGCUUACAUUGGGGCAGAUAUUUAUCGUUUAUUACAGUGAAAGCAUCGAUGUACACUCCUUUUAUUUACCAGAAUUUUUUUCAAACGUAGUCAAUGGAGAACCUUAUACUACUAUUGAAGAUAUCUAUGACAUUAUACUAGAAUCUGAUCGAGGAAUUAAAGAACGAAUCAGUUUAUUUGACACCGGUGGUCUGGACGAUGAAACCUCGUCCGUACCAAAUUACUAUUUAGCAACAGCUGACGCAGCGAUAUUUGUUUUUAGCCUUGAUUCCAUAGCUUCCUUUGAACUUGCUAAAAGAUUAAAAACAGAAACAGCUAAAAUCAGGGGAAAUGAUAUGCCUAUGCUUAUUGUUGGUACGAAAUCAGAUUUAUCACAUCAGAGACAGGUUUCAAAGAGUUCGAUUAAUUCAUCUUCAAGAGACUGUAAAGUAAAAAUAUUUGAAAUAAUAUACGACGAAAAAGAUAGUCUAAAGGUUCCGUUUACAUGGUUGGUCUCUCGUUUAGCUGGAUAUGAUAUAUUAAAUUAUGCUGAUAACUAA